GCGCUCAGCUCGUCCCUCUCUUCGCAGUCUGGAAAUGCACUUCCGGUCGGUGAGACGUGGCUGACCGUGGAAAAUCUUUCAGGAGGGAAAUCGGGAGACUGCCUGCUGUAGGCUACUCCUGCUCUCAGACAGCACAGCAGUGCCUGGAUGGCAGGGUCUAGCCGGAGUAAAAACUGUAGGAAUUGCAGCCGGGCUCCUCUCUGCCUUACAGUACCCUACAUGUUUCUUCAAAGUGCUUUGCGGAGGUCUGGGCUGAUGAGCGCAGGACCUGAGAAGCCUGUUUGGGCAUUUGCAAUGCUGCUCCUUGGUGCCGCCCUACUGGCAUCAUCCUUCGGCGGUAAGAUGAUGGCUCAGACUGCUGUGGCCCAAGCAAAGACGGCACCUGCAGGACCAGGACCAUGGUGCAUUAAGGACCUUCUAGACCUGGAUAAACUGUUCUCCAUAGAUAACCUAGAUGUUUGGUUCUACUCACUUGUGGGAUCAAUUGCCAUCGGACUCAGUGGCAUCUUCCCACUCUUAGUGAUACCCAUUGAAGCAGGAACAACUUUGAAAACCGAGGCUGGGUGUCAGAAGCUGAAGAAGCUGCUGAGUUUUGCCAUUGGUGGUCUCCUAGGCGACGUGUUUCUCCACCUCCUUCCUGAAGCGUGGGCUUACACUUCCAGUCCUGAUGGGUCCCACAGCCACUAUCAUACACAGGGUUUGUGGGUGAUAGGGGGUCUGCUGUCCUUUCUGAUUUUGGAAAAGGUGUUCCCUGAUUUUGACAGUGACCCAGAGAGCAAAGCUGCCUGCCAAAGAACUAAAUCGUCUUCAACCGCUCUGAGCAGCGAGGUCUCUGUGUCCCCAAAAACAAAUGGCAUCUGCUCAAACAACAACGCAGACUCCAAGCCAAAUACUGACAUCAGCAUUUACACAGAGCCCGAGAAAAUAAAGACAAGUGGUUAUCUAAACCUUCUUGCUAACUGCAUUGAUAACUUCACUCAUGGGCUGGCAGUGGCAGGAAGCUUCUUAGUAAGCCGAAAGGUUGGUUUCUUAACAACCUUCGCUAUUCUGCUUCAUGAGAUCCCUCAUGAGGUGGGAGAUUUUGCCAUUUUGCUGCGGGCAGGAUUUGACCGUUGGAAGGCCGCCCGUAUGCAGCUCUGUACAGCGUUAGGAGGAGUCCUGGGGACAUGUUUUGCUCUUUGCUCCCAAUCACAGAAUGGGGCAGAGAAUGCCACUGCCUGGAUCCUGCCCUUCACCUCAGGUGGCUUUCUCUACAUUGCCUUGGUCAAUGUGGUACCUGAUCUGCUACAGGAGACCAACCCUAGGAACUCCUUUCUACAAAUUCUGCUGUUGUUUUGUGGGAUAGCAGUCAUGGCUCUUCUCUCAGUCAUCAUGGAAUAGCCAUAGGCAAGCACUUCUUUUAUCAAGGGACAUUGAGAGUGCUAACUGGCAUGCUGAGGGACUUAUGGACAAUUCACUCCACUGGUUAUGCUUUAAUUUAAAGAUUUUUGUCACCCUCAAAGACCAUGUGAGGAAAUACCAAUGAAAGAAACAGCCUUGACAAUCAGGUGUUUGAAUCUGUGUCCAUGUGAUUUUAGCCUUAUCCUUCACCCCUGUGUCCGGAUUAAAUAGAAACUAAACUCAUGAUGCCUUAUAGGCACCAGCUGAAACUGACGGGGAAUACAGGUUUGUGCAAAUGGUGCUCAGAAAUAACAGUGGUUGUUUUGGUUGAAAUAUGCCAGAACAUUUUCUACUAUUAUGCAUUCUUCUUCAUGUUCCUGCUGGGUGUCAUUAAACUUUUCACCUUUUGUCAAACACAUUUCUAAUGUCUGUAGGUUACAUCAAUGGGAUUCACUUUAAUUGUAGCACACUGCACAUGCAGGUUUCACAAGUCAACACUUUAUCCUCUAUUAAGAGAGGCACAUACGCUUACAUAAUCAGAUUUUUGAUUGUCAUCAUAAUUGAGUUUCCU